GCAGAGUGAAGACAGCCCCUGAGUAUAACCGAGGCCCCCUGUCUUAGAGCUGGGUGUGUUGAUGUCAGCACUGAGGGAGGCUGCCUGCCUGCCUGCCUGAACUUCCACUGUAACAGCUGAUGAACGAGGAGAGUAUUAUUACUAGAUCAGACGAGAGGGAAACCUAACAAACCCAAAGAGAAACGUCCGCGGGAGAAGGCGAUAUUCUUCACAGAAUUUAGCAUCCAAGAAGGAGUGCCAAGCGGACCUGCAGAUAUACAGACUGGGUUACAGUACUAAAAAAUUAUAAGCGUGGCACAAAAUAAAUAAAACGGGAUCUAAAAAUUUAGAACAAGUCCAUUCAGCAGGCACGAAGACGCAAGAAACCUGCACAGGCAGCAGUCUCUGAUGAGUGAUGGAGUCGGGCACCGUGGUGCGCGCUCUGUUCCAGUUCCGCCCCAGCGUCUCCGAGGAGCUGCCUCUCUUCCCCGGUGAUGUCAUCGAAGUGCUCGGAGUGGUGGAUGAUUUCUGGCUGCUUGGAUGCAAAGGUGGAGUGGCAGGGCAGUUUCCCAGCACGUUCGUGGAGGCGGUUACAAUUCCCAGCACAAAACAGAGCGAGAAACUCUACGUCUGCAUCAAUGACUUCAAUGCACUAGAUGUUGGCAAUCUUCCCAUUAAAACAGGUGACGUAGUAGUUGUUGAGGAUUCUGUGGACAGUAAUUGGCUGAAAGGCAGAAGUAGCUGGGGGUCUAAGGGGAUAUUCCCUUUAUCCUGCGUCAAAGAGCUCCAUCUCUCCUCCAGGUCCCGCAAAAUGUCCAAGAGGUCCGUAUCGGAGGUCCCGAGCUACGCCGUGGGCCAAGCCAGAGCCUUGCUGGGCCUGUCCGCUCAGUUAGAGGAAGAACUGGACUUUAUUGAAGGGGAUAUCAUAACAAUAAUUGGAAUUCCUGAACCAGGCUGGUUCGAGGGAGAACUUGAAGGGAGGAGAGGGAUAUUUCCAGAGGGAUUCGUUGAGCUUUUGGGUCCUUUGCAAGUUGCGGAGGACCGAGCAUCCCAAGAUGACCAUGACAACUACGACGAAAGCGAUGUGACCGCUGAAAUAUCACUGGGGCCCGAGGAAGGCGCAGGAGUUUACGGAGUGGCCCUCUAUCAGUUUAAGUCCAUGGAACCAGAGGAAUUGGAUUUUGAUGUAGGAGAAAGAAUCCAGAUACUCGGUACUUUAGAAGACGGCUGGCUGGAAGGCAAGGUCAAUGGCCAUAGAGGAAUAUUUCCCCAUAGGUUUGUAAAGAUUGAAGAUCAAGAUAUAGAGCCGGAACACGAAGAACCCAGCAGCAGAAACAAUGGUGAUUAUGAAAUGUAUUAUAACAAUAAUGAUGUGUAUCACUGGCACGGGCAGGAAGAGUAUGCCCAUUUACGAGAUGUGGAUUUCUUCAAUGGACAGCCUGCCCAUGAUACUAGUACUGUCAUGGCAAAACCAAAACCUGUAUCCUCUAGCACAAAGCCGGGUCAUGAAUCUUGUAGAAACCAGACACAAAGCAGUUCUAAGACUAGUGGUAUAGAUAAUGUUGCUUUGGGCACAAAAUACAAUAGAGAAGAAACUGCCACUUACAGCUACAAAGAAAACUCAAGAACAAGUCUGAUUAGUCUUGUCUCUUCAAAACCUGUGCUUCCUCCCAGGCCAAGUCUCCAUUCUUUAAGUAACAGGUUGUACUGCAGUGUAUCAGAUGUCUCAACAGGCCACACAGCUGACAAUACAGACACAGAGGUCUCGCCUGCACCAGCUACCAGAACACUAAGCUUAGUAGCAAAGAAUGGAAGCAGAGAUUCAAAGGCUCAGAUUCAAAGUUUGCAUUGCAGUUGGUCUAAAGACUGCCAACGCACCUCAGAUAGAAAGAAUACAGUUUUCCAAGAUUUGGCCAGUUUGGUUGAGGAUCCAAAACAGAAGAAGAAACCUCGUUUCGCCAGUGUGGGUGGUUAUGAUCUCUUACCUGGCAGAGGAAGCCAUGAUCCGACAGCAGGUUCAAGAAAAACAGAAUCCAACGGCUUACCCGGAUCAAUAACUUUGGAUAGCUUUGCAAGUUCAGGGACAGACUUGGAUUCAAAACUCUCAGAACAGCUUGCCCAAUUUGAAAAAAGUUUACCUGGUGCUAUAUUUGGGGAACACAAGAAAAUAUCUAGGCAUUUCUCCAUCCUGGACUACAGCAGUGAAAAUGAUAUCAUGCGGGGUUCUCCUAACUCCCUGGACCAGCAGGAAGCCACUUCUUCAUUGAAGACUAGAAAAGCAUUGAGACCUCCACCUCCCAGACCCCGCAUUCUCAAAUCCGCGGCGGCACAAGCAGCUGCAGCCGACUCCGAGGAUGAGCCGCGUGCUCCUGCUGAAAGUGGACCUUCUCAGUCUUCCUUCUCUUUCAAACCAUCCAGGCCAGCACCUCUGCCUCCGCAGCUAACUCCCAGGAGGGAUGCUGGAUCUCCAAAGCCAGACGUUUACCAGAACACUUGUUCUGACGACGGAGAUGUUUUUGCGGAGGAAGAAGAGCUUCAGAAUCAAAGCGAGUGUGGCCUCAUGGAGACUGAGCAGGAUCACUAUUCACUGCUCCUCAGGCUGCAGGAGGUGGAGAGAGACAUUGAGAUCUACACUAAGACCACAGAUGAGCUCAGACUGAUGCUUGAUGAACAGGAUGAUGAAGCCAUCAAAGCACAAACUCUGGAGAACCUGGGGUUUUGUACCUCUAACAUUGAAACACUUACCAAGGAGCUGCAGCAGCUGAGAGAGAUGACUCUGCUCACAGCAGACCCCGCCUCCCUGGAGUCGACGCCUGUUACAGCCCCCAGCGCCGAUCCCGAGCAGAGGAUGAUGGAAAAGAGGUCCAAGGUGAUUGAAGAACUCCUGCAGACAGAGAAGGAUUACAUCAAAGACAUGCAGAUGUGUGUCCAAGAAAUAAUCCAUCCACUGCAAAAAAAGCAGGUGCAGAACAUUGACUUUGAUGGUCUCUUUGGCAAUGUUCAGAUGGUGAUUGAUCUCUCAACACGCUUGCUUAAAGAUCUGCAGGACACAGAGUCAAUAGGAAGUGUAUUUGUGGUAUAUAAGACAGAGCUGGAAGAGGUGUAUAAAAUCUACUGUCAGAAUCACGAUGAUGCUAUUGCUCUGCUCGAGGCAUAUGAGAAAGAUGAGAGUAUCCAGAAUCACAUUCUAGAAUGUCUGCAGAAGCUCAGGGCAGUGUAUCGCGAGUGGGGUAAGACCAACUACAUCAACCUGGGUUCGUUCGUGAUCAAGCCGGUGCAGAGAGUGAUGCGCUACCCACUGCUGCUGAUGGAGCUUCUGAACACCACGCCAGAGUCGCACCCAGACAAGAGGCUCCUCGCCCAGGCCGUGGACUGCGUCAAGGAGAUCAACGUCAACAUCAACGAGUACAAGCGCAGGAAAGACCUGGUUGUGAAGUACAGAAAAGGGGAGGAGGCGACUCUGAUUGAUAAGAUCUCUAAGCUCAGCGUGCACUCCAUUGUGAAGAAGACCAACCGAGUCAGCAGCCAUCUCAAGCACCUGACAGGCUUUUCACCACAGAUCAAAGAUGAGGUAUUUGAUGAGGUGGACAAGAGAUUCCGGAUGCAAGAGAGAUUGAUCAAGUCCUUUAUCAGAGAUCUCUCUCUAUAUCUGCAGCACAUCAGGGAGUCUGCGUCUGUGAAGGUUUUGUCCGCUAUAAGUUUCUCUGACAUUUACUCGGACAGGACCCAGACAGAUCUGGAAAGUUUCCAAAAGGCACACAGGUGUAUCAGUGACCAACGUUUCACCGGUUUUAAAGAAAGGACUGAGAGCCUGGUCAUCGCCCCCCUGAAUCAGCUGCUGACCAUGUUCGCCGGCCCUCACAAGCUGAUUCAGAAGCGCUUUGAUAAGCUGCUGGAUUACAACAACUGCAAGGAGAGGGCGGAGAAGAUGAAGGACAAGAAGACUGUGGAGGAACUCCAGUCCGCGCGGAACAACUACGAAGCCUUGACCGCUCAGCUCCUGGAUGAGCUGCCCAAGUUCCACAGCUGCGCUCAGGAGCUCUUCACCAGCUGUGUGCACAGCUUCGCAGGGGCACACAAGGAGUUUGUCCGGGUAACCCUGGGGGAACUCAAACCACUCCUGCAGCUCUCCGGGGUGAUUAGCACAGACGGGAACAUCAUUUCUCUUUUCCAAGAGCAGCACAGCCGGGUCCUCCAGCAGUUACAGUGCUUCAGCUUUUUCCCAGAGAGCCUUCCCACAGUGAGGAAAGCCUUUGAGAGGAAGAGCUUGGAGCCGCAGUCCUCCAGGAAACAGCUUGCGGGGCCGCCUAACUAUGUGCUGCAGACAGAGGAGCACCGUGCAGCACUGCUGUCCAGGUACCCCCCGGAGCAGCUGUGCCAGGCUGAGCGGAACUUCAACGCGGCUCAGGACCUCGACGUGUCUGUGUUGGAGGGGGACAUCGUUGGGGUCAUUAAGCAACAGGAUCCCAUGGGCAGUCAGAACCGCUGGCUCAUAGACAAUGGAGUGACGAAGGGAUUUGUCUACAGCUCAUUCCUUAAGCCUUACAAUCCCAGAAAAAGCCAGUCAGAUGUUUCGAUAGGAAGCCACUCCUCUAAUGAAUCUGGAUACGGGGGUUCCUCUCCAGUUUUCUCACGGCAGAAUAGCAACAGCACAUUAACUUUCAACUCCGACACUAUAUCUGUAACAUUCUCCACCCUGCAAUCCCAGAAAUCCUGCCAGGACUCCGGCACUUCAUCCCAGUCAAAUCCACCCGAGGGCUGUUCUUCCAAGCGUUCCAAUUCUAGAGAGACCACACUGCCGCUGUGGACCCAGUCUAAUCACAAGGACCUGUCGGACUCUGCUUCUGAAACAGACUCCUGCUCCUCGCUGAAGAGUGUCCGGACUGACUUUGCACCGAGGAGCAGUCAGGUGGAAAUGUUCAGUCAAUCGGACGUGGCCUUCGGCUCUGUGAUGAGGAGGAACGGAGACUCUGCGCUGAGAACGGUGUCCUUUCCUUCAGACAUGACUCCGGAAAACGAGAGUGAUCCAGAGGGAAAUCAGAUUUACUACGCCAUCUACUCCUUCGAUGCACGCUGUGCAAACGAGCUGACUAUAUGUGCCCACCAGCGGGUGAAGAUCAUUGAAUUUCACGACAUGAACGGGAAUAAGGAGUGGUGGCUGGGAGAGGUGGAGGGGAGGAGAGGAUAUGUACCUUCCAACUACAUCAGGAAGACAGAGUACACUUGAAGCAACUCUGGAAGCAGGAGGCAAAUAAAUAGAACUGGUGCCUUAUUUAUUAAGAGGAUCCCUUUUUAAGAAGUUGGAAGUGCUUUUUUUGGAAUUUUAAUGCUGCUGAUAUUGUAUUGUACAAAAUGCAUGUAUAGCUUUUUCAAUCUUCUUGCUUGUUUAAGCUACCCAACUUCCUUAUUCAUACAGGGAUAUUUUAAAACACUGGUUUAUCAGGAUACAAACAGGACUAAAUUAGAUGGUGUAGAAAAGGAAUCAAUCACCGUUGCAGAUUACCAGUGUUUUUUUGGAUGUAAAGAACAAAAAUGUGAGCGGUUGAGAUCAUUUGUAACUUUUUUUUAUUUUUUAUUUUAAAGUAUAUAUAUUUUUUAAAAGAACCGUUGCACUUUGCCGGUCAUUCAAAACGUGUAGAAUUCAACUGCAAACAUUCAUCGUCCAAGGUAUCAGAAACCUGCUUAAGUCCUGUUUUAAAAAAUGCCUUUAUUUUCUAUUUGCAAAACAAAGACAUGAAUAAUGAAGACAGAUAUUAACUAUGCAUAAUGUAUAAAAGACUGUGAAACACUGGAUAAGCCUAGCUGGAAAUGAGAAAUGGAACAUGCUAAAACACUCUGUAUAACAGUAUCAAACCAUUUUAAUAGUGACAGUAUUAUUAUAUACAGUAUGCUUAAAAGCAGUUCAUCGAUCAAACAAUUGGGCUAAUGUCUGUAGGUGUUCAACCCAAGUAAGUCCAGAACAUAUUACAAUUGUUUCAAGCCACUUGGUCCAAAUAUUACAAACUUAUACAACAGGGCUGUUGAAUGCUAAAAAUAUCAAUAAUGUCAUGCUGAAUAAAUAGGCCCUGUCCAAGUGAGUAAGGUAGCAUCUUUACUGGCAUAAGACUGUAAGAUUCCUGACUUCAGUUGACGGUAUAGAGAAGUUUGCAUGAAGUCACAUGUACACUUAACAUAUACACACUAUUAGUGCCUCUGUGUAAAGCAGGGGGGUGUCCAGUCACAAUCCUGGGGGUCCAUUCCACUCCAGGUUUAACAGGUAAAAUGAUACAACUACUUCAGGGUCUGGAUGGAGGUUUAAUUGGCUCAAUGGUUUGGUACAAAGAGCAGGAGUGGAAGGACCAGCUUUGGACAUCCCUGGUGUAAAGUUUAAUCUGCUUCAAAUAAAAUAAUUGCACUUUUCUAACUUGCAUCCAAAAAGUUAAAAACACGGGGAUAUCUCUGCAAAAUCCAGUACUUUUCUAAAAUGGUUUGAUUCUGAUUAGAAUGUGUCUGAGAUUCUACAGUCCUUUAACAUGUAAGGAACUAACCUUAAUUUUAGGGCAGGGGUGUCAAACUCCGUUCCUGGAGGGCCACAGUGUCUUCUGGCUUUCGUUGCGCCCGAGUUCUCAAUUACUGAAUUGGUCUAAUUAUUUGAUUAAAUGGACAACUUUAACACGUCUCCCCAGGCCUCAGAAUGGUUUAUAGGUUGUGUUCCUUGAAUCAAGUGCAUUUUUAAAUCAACUGCAAAAGACCUUGAAAAAAUAGUAAAUAUGUCCAAUUGAACAAAUAAUUAGAUCAGUUAAUUGAGAGAUUAAGUUGGAAUGGAAACCAGAAGACCAUGUGCCCCCCCCCCUCGAGGACUGGCGUUUGACCCCCCCUGUUUUAGGGAUCCAUUGUGGUGUUUGUUUUGGAAUGUACAGCAUUUACAUUUUACAGUAAAUUCAAGGAUAUGGUCUGCUUCUGGUUGCCACAUUGCCUUCAUAAGUAUUGUAAAAAGCUCUUACUGAAUGUACUCUGUGCUCUGUGCAAUCAUAAUUAUUGUCAUGUAUCGUUUAAGUCAGAGCCAUGGUCCACAUUGCCUAUCAAGCAUGGUGCGAGAGACAAGGUGGUCUGGUUCAGAUAGUUUGGUCUUUAUACAUUUUUAUUUUGAAAUGGGAAGAGUGUCACAGGAAUGCGACACUUGAUAAAUACUUUGUUUUUUUUUAUCAAAUUAUUCCUUUGGUUCAUUCUUGGGGAAACCUGUGCCUUACUGCAUAAUUACAGCCCUCAUAACAAUCUCUUCUAUUAUCCAAAUCUCUUUAUCUGCAUGGAAACCAGAUGCAUUCUUUUUUUUUUUUUUUGCACACUACUGAAAUAAAAAAUAUUAAAUGUUUUAUAGAAGUAUUGUAAAUGUGUAAAUAUAUUUUGUUUUUAAAUAAAAUGCAACUGAAUGCUU